AAUUGGUUGAGCAGCUCUGCAGAGCAGUCUCCUUGCACCGUCCAAGCUGAAAUGCAGAAGUAAAAAAUCCAUUCUCAGAGAUGAAGAAUCAUAAAAUCAUAAGCCUGAAAGGGACCAAAAAUCACGAAGAGAAACCUUUUCUCAAAGAAAAAAAAUUUGCAAACAUAUCUGGCAUGCUUAUUAAGAGUAAUUCUGUGAUCUUGCAGUGUGCUUCUGGGAUCUUCUCUCUUCAUUGUUGCUUAUAAGACAGCUUUAAAUUAAUGAUAAGGAAGCCAUUCAGGGCAUGGGCUGUGCUGAGGUUCACAGCUUUCAUUCUGAAUGAGAGAUUAAAGUAAACUGAUAUUGAAAGCAAGGAGGGAGAAACAAACACAGUCAGUAAGCCUGUAAAAGUCUUAGCCAAUUGCAAUGGUGAACAUCCUGCUGGCGAGGGUGACCUUGAAUGAACUAAGUGGGAUAAAGUCACCAGGCUGGACUGACGGCUGAAGAAUCAGGCUGGAUUCCAGCAAACAGGGAGCAGAUUCCUGACAAGAGUCUCCUGAGCCAGGGCAAUGGCUUCUCGCUGUCGGAAAUGUGGACAACAGGUACCCAGGAAUCUGCCUUUCACUGCUGUCCGGAUAACAGAAGGAGAAAUGAAAUCUUAUCAUGAUUUUAUAGGAGGAUGCAUUAGACUGGAGCGCAUGGCAAAGAAAGAUGAAAUCAUGCAGCAGGAGAUACGGCCGCUGGUAGCAGUGGAUAUAAUAGAGCAGCUCCACAGGCAAUUUGCAAUCUUGUCAGGAGGAAGAGGGAAGGAUGGGGCACCCAUUAUAACCUUUCCAGAAUUUGCAGGAUUCAGUGAGAUACCCGAUGACGAUUUUCUGAAUGUGGUCACGUAUUUAACCAGCAUUCCCAGUCUGGAGGCUGCCAGCAUCGGAUUCAUCAUCAUCAUAGACAGACGACGGGACAAAUGGAGUGCAGUCAAGGCAUCCCUGACACGAAUAGCAGGAGCAUUUCCAGGAAACCUGCAGCUGGUGUUUGUCCUGAGACCCUCCCGCUUUAUCCAAAGGGCAAUCGCUGACAUUGGCAUUAAACUCUAUCGAGAUGACUUUAAAAUGAAGGUACCGAUCAUCAUGUUAAAUUCUGUCUCUGACCUGCAUGGCUACAUUGACAAGAGUCAGCUGACCCGGGAGCUGGGAGGAACCCUGGAGUACGGCCACAGCCAGUGGAUCCAUCACCGAACUGCUAUUGAAAACUUUGCAAUGACAGUAAAAACAACAGCACAGAUGCUACAGACCUUUGGAACAGACUUAGCAGAGACUGAACUUCCCAAUGAUGUGCAGUGCACAGAGGAGCUUCUCUCUUCACACACUGAGCACCACGGCAAGCUGAAGGAUGAGCUGAAGCUAGCAGUGAAGCAGGGGGCCACCUUACUGACAUGCAUCCGGGAGCCAGUCACCCGAAGUGCCAACAGCAAACUCAGUCCAGAUGAACUGGAAAAUGUGGCUACAGUGGAAAGGUUGUUGGCUCAGUUGGAUGAAACAGAAAAAGCUUUUGAUCAAUUUUGGACCAAGCAUCAUCUAAAACUAGAACAGUGCCUGCAGCUUCGACACUUUGAACACGAUUUUAGAGAGGUAAAAUUGACAUUGGAUAACCUCAUGGAAACACAAGCAGGUUUUGUUGACAUUGGAGACAGUGUGACUCGAGUCGAGAACCUUCUAAAGGAACAGAAACAUCUGGAAGAGAAAGGACAGGAACCUUUGGAGAAGGCCCAGUCUUUAGCUCUCCAUGGAGAACAGCUCAUCCAAAACAACCAUUAUGCAGUUGACUCCAUUAGACCAAAGUGUGUUGAACUCAGGCGGAUUUGUGAUGACUUUACCAAUGAGACCAAGAAAAAGUAUGAUAUUUUGGGAAAGUCUCUUGAGCUGCAUAAGCAGUUAGAUAAGGCAAGCCAAUGGUGCGAAGCUGGAAUCUACCUCUUAGCUUCCCAAGCUGUGGACAAGUGCCAGUCACAAGAGGGAGCUGAAACUGCACUCGUUGAAAUUGAGAAGUUCUUGGUAACAGCUAAGGAACACCAGCUCUCCAACCCAAAGGAGUUCUACAAUCAGUUUGACAUGAUCCUCACCCCUGAAAUAAAGGCAAAUGCCCAAAGAAUUGUACAAAAACUUGAAGAUGUACAAGAAAUGUUUGACAAGAGGCAAGUAAGCCUGAAGAAGCUGGCAGCCAAACAGACUCGGCCAGUACAACCUGUUGCUCCACAUCCUGAAUCUUCCCCAAAGCGAGCAUCACCAAAGAUUACCAGACCAGCAGCAGUAGCUACCAACAGGAGGUCUACAGAAAUUUCCUGCCCUCCAAAGACUGUUUCUGAAGUAGAGUUAUCAAAAAAGAAAAGCAUUAAGAAGACAAAAGGUGGAAUUAAGAUUGAAGUGAUGCAUGAAGCCAGUCAAGGAGGAUCUAGCAGAGUCCUGGUGACCAGUGAAAGUGAUGAGAACUUGUCAUCAAGGAGGAGCCACAUAAUCAAUGAGCUGAUAGAAACAGAACGGGUUUAUGUAGAAGAACUUCAAAGUAUAAUAGAGGGGUACGCUUCAGAAAUGGACAAUCCCAAUUUAGUACAUCUGAUUCCAUCUGCACUUCAGAACAAGAAGGAAAUCCUUUUUGGGAACCUCCCAGAAAUCUACUAUUUCCACAACAGGAUUUUCCUUAAGGAGAUAGAAAAUUGCAUUGAAAACCCUGAGCUUCUUGCCCGGUGCUUUUUGAAAAGAAAGGAGGACCUUCAAAUAUAUGAAAAAUACUGUCAGAACAAACCAAGGUCUGAAGCUCUCUGGAGACAGUGUGGAGACAGCACUUUUUUUCAGGAAUGUCAGCGCAAGUUGGAUCAUAAGCUCUCACUUGAUGCUUAUCUCUUAAAGCCAGUCCAGAGAAUCACCAAGUACCAGCUGUUGCUAAAGGAAAUGCUGAAGUGCAGCAAGAAUUCAGAAGGUACUGCUGAAUUGGAAGAAGCCCUGGCCACGAUGCUAGAUAUCAUCAAAUCAGUGAAUGAUUCCAUGCACCAGAUAGCAAUCACAGGAUAUGAGGGGGAUGUCAGUGAGCUUGGCAAGCUAUUGAUGCAGGGUUCCUUCAAUGUAUGGACUGACCACAAGAAGGGGCACAACAAGGUGAAGGACUUGGCUAGAUUCAAACCAAUGCAGAGACACCUCUUCCUCUAUACAAAAAUGCUACUUUUCUGCAAGAAACGUGAGGAGAACACCGAUGGCCAUGAGAAGACAGCUUCAUACAGCUUUAAAAAUUCAUUAAAGAUGAGCACUGUGGGCAUUACAGAAAAUGUAAAAGGAGAUAACAAGAAGUUUGAAAUCUGGUAUAAUGGCAGAGAAGAAGUCUAUAUCAUUCAGGCAUCUUCUGUUGAGCUGAAAAACACCUGGAUUUCAGAGAUCCGCAAAGUCCUGACAGGACAGCUGGAAGCAUGCAGAGAAGCAAGUCAACUGCACCAAAGAAUCACUGAGAGUGUGUAUCAUGCACCAAUGGAUUCCUCCAAUGCAAGCAGGUAUAGCAGGAAGUCAUCAAGUAUAUAUGAAAACAAAUCUGAGGCAUCAAAUGUGGAUGCAUCUAACAAUAAAAACAGGAAUUCCAGUCCCAGCGCCAGACAAAAGAGAGUUGAUGCUUCCAGCAGCCUUAACCUUGAGCGCACAGCGCUUGCUAGAAAGCGAUUCACAUUGCAAGGUCUUUCCAACCGCAGAGCUCCACCCAAAGAUCCAGAGUCUAAGGACAGAGAAGUUACCCGUCGCUUUUCCCUAGCCUCCUCCAUCAGCACCACAGUUAAUGCUUCUGCUGUGACCAAAGGUCCCCUUGUUCCUGCAGUUAAAGUCAAGAGACAUGAAAUAAAGAGUGACCCAACUCCCCUGGGGUUUGAAGAUGCUUUUGAGAACACCAUUUUGGCCCAGACUAAAUGUAAUGCCGGUUCCACCACGAGAUCAGUGCCUAGAUCUGCUUCACAGACAGGUUGGCCCAGCAGACAAAUGCCUUCUCUAGACACAUUUGAAGAUUUUGAAGCCAUCCCUUCCAGCAUGGAUGAACUCUCCAACUCUUCUGAUUUGGAGGAAGAGACAAACCCUAACAAUGGGAGCAAUCUCUUCCGGGUCGAAGGCAGUUUUGACAGCUGUUUCCCAGAUUCUCUUACCCUUGAGGAUGGAGAUUUAGUGCAGUUUGUGCAGGAAGGAGAGAAUGGUCAAUGGUUAGUGAAGAAACUGGUCUCUGAGAAAAGCGACUGGGUUCCCUCCAGUAUACUGCAGCCAGCAGAGGGGGACAGUAACAACAUAAUUAAGAGCAGCAAUGCAGACACAUACAACGAUUCCUGCAGCACAGCCUCAGUAGAGUCAGACACGAAGGAAAGUGAGGUGGCCAAAAGCUUCCCAGCAGAACAGAGGGCUGGCAGCUGAACAGCAGGACCAGCCUUCCUCAGGACCCUGUCCACCUGUCUUUAUCUUGGGUGGACACUGGAUCAAAGCUGCCUUUCUCACAAGCUCUAAGGUUCAUAAUUCACUAAUAUUUUAUCAGUGUGAACAGAUGAGAACUGUCCUGUCCACCUGGCAAGCUGGGAAAAACAAACUUGAAAGGAGCAUUAUACAUCCAGAAAACAUCAAACCUACCUUCAGUAUUAGAGGAGAAAAAUGCUUCUUGCAUUGAUUAUCAAACUGUUUCAGAAGAUGUGGCCUAAAUUAGGUCGACAGCAGAGCUGAAGAGUUUCUAUGCACGCACCUUUUGGCAACUUUGCUUGAGCACCACAUCACUGCAGAGGGGCACGUGGUGGUUAUGAGUCCUUGCUCCACCCUGGGGUCACCUGGAGGUUUUUCCAUUUGCUUGCCUCUGGCUGUGCCUUCCCUGUCCUUCUCAACUCCAGCUGAUACAUCAUCACAAAUGUGCCCUUUUUGCUGUCGGUCAACACCAAAAACACCCCACUUGAGGGUGGCUGUGCAAAGGAGACUUGUGGCUGGGACCAUCAGAGGGGCUCGGAGCAGCAGUGACGUGACUCCUCUGCGGUGGCCCGGGAAGGCCCUGCUGCACACAGCAUUCCACACCUGGAGCGCUGCAGGUGGCAGCUCCUGGCUGGGAGGUGCAGGGCCAAGCAGGGAAGUAAAGACGUGUAACAGCUACUGUGACAAAGAACACUCUGAACUCUUUUUACAGCCUAAGUCAAUCCUCUGCCCCCUCUACAGUCUCUGGUUGCUGGAUCACAACUCUUUGCAUUUGGUGCCGAGAAUUCAGUUGAAGGCCAUUUACUGUCACAUGUUUGAGUAGACUGCAUGCUUUCCUUGUGUGCUGGGCUAUGAGUAAAUACAUUUCACCCCCCAUUUGGAAUAUACUUAAGCAUUGCAAAUAGGCAGUGAGCAUUAGAUGCUCCAAUGAGUGGAUAAAGUGUUGUUGUUAAAUACUUCUUUCCAGGACGUUUGAUGAAAGGCAAAUCUCUGCCAUAUAAGGAUGUAAUGUAUAAUAUAAAGUGAUUACAGAUGUUAUGAUUCCUACACAAGCCAUUAGCUCAUUUAGAGCAGCUGUUAAGGCAUGAAGGCAUUUUGAUGGUAAUUGGGUCUUAGGUCCCACAAAAGCUGCUAGUACUUUAGUAAAGAUAAAUAUUGACUAAGGGUUGCAAACAGGCGAAGAUCAGUCUAGUAAAAACUCAGAAGAAGCUCAAGAGUGAAUGAGUGGCUUUCACUCUUAGGGAUGUUUUGUUUAACCCUCAGACUAGUAGUGCUUUAUGUAAAUAAAGGGCACUAAAAGCACUAGAAAUGGAGAUGAAGCAAAACCAAAACCCACUUUUUACUAAUUGAGGCUCUGAGCAAAGCAGUAGGUGUGUGUAUCAUUUCUGCUCUCACCUUCACAGGGACUCGAAUGUUCUCCUUUGUGUCUCAGUGGAGGCUGGUGUUGCAAGUACCUUAGUGUGUGAGUCAGCAUAGCUGUGGAGCAGGUAGAUAGUCCUGUUUGAGAAAAAGCCUUGGAGCAGGUAAAGGCUUAGUCAGAUUUCUUUUGCUAUGAAGACGUAUUGGUUGAUUAUAAGUUGCACUGUGGUGAUUGAUUCCCAUGGCUCUUCUAACCCUCAAUAUCUAAACUCUGAUUUUUGACAUUUUCUGUUCAUGACUAAAGGACCUGAGAGUUCUGUACCUUUCUGGAAGCUAUUUUUGUCCUACAGAAGUAGGAGCUUGCCUGUUUCUGUUGGUCAUUUACCUCAAAAAUGACAUGUAGGCUCUCAGGAACAUGGAUCCUCUUGGUCUACUGUGGUUAUCAGAAUCUUGCAGGAGGAAUUGAUUCCUUUCAGUCCCCUAAGGAAAUAUGCAGCAACGUAUUCUUACAGUGCAAUUACUUUAUCCUCUCUCUAAAAUGAGUAUAUUCUGGUUUCUCUAUUACUAAUUUUUGCACAGGAACAGUGCUGCUGUCUACCCCUGCCCUAAACAUAGGAGAGGGAAGGGCUAGGGAGCUUUGAUUGCACAUUAGUGAGUAUAGUAAGCUUUCUUGUGUGGGAGAGAGAGAUAGGGAGGGGUUACCCUGGGUGUAUGAAACUGCCAAAAUGAAGAUUUGUGACAUUGCUGAUGGAUGGAAAGACAAAAACAUGCACUUUGGAGUGGAGUUUAUUUAUUAUUUUUGAGGAAUCUCAUUCUGAUUGUGAAAUGGUAGCGAGAAGUCUCUGAACUGAAGAUGAGAAGUCAAGUGUUGUCAAUCCAUUUCCCACCUCUGCAUGAGCAGGGUGAGAGUGUGCUGGUCCUACAUCCCCUGGUGCCCUGACACCUUCCUGUAACAUGGGAGCUACGGAAUUUCCUGCUAAAUGCUACAUUUUACCACAUAUACAAAAAUUAGGGACCCUCCAGGGAAAAGCAAAGCAUUCAACCCCAUAUGCCCCAAUGUGCCCUCCAAGAGUGCCACUGGUGGCAUCCUGUGGAACAGUCUAGAGCUGGAGCAGGGAAUGGGGUUACUGAGGAAAAGGGUCCUCUCCCAGAUCCAGACCAUCUGUCAUGGCAACUGCAAAGGUAGGGGCUGGAUUAUUGCAUUCGCCUCCCUACUUUGCUUUUGAAAGCUUUUCUUUUUUAUUUUUUCUUUUUUUUUGUCUGAAAUAUGUUAUGGUCUAUCCUGCUGGACCAAAGUUUGAGUGUGUCCUGCUCCAUGGAUGCCCUGGGAAUGACAGGUCUCUCUGUCCCGUGGCUGUGCAGCAGUGGCACAGCACUCUGGUCUUUGGGAGCUGCCUGUGCCGCAGCUCCUCGGGCACACUGAGCCUGAGCAGGGAGCUCACAACCAUUAACUGUGUCUUUAACCUUCCUGCAGUGCCAGGUGCCUGUUUCUGCCUCCACCCAGGGCACAGGGCAGCCCUGGCUGGGUCUCCUGGGCAGUGACAGGGCCACUGCAGGGCUGGCUUUGGGAAAGAAUGAGUUCAGUGACAGACCAGGCUGCUGGCAAGUCCUAGCGCAGCCCACAAAGGAGUAACCUUCUGGCUUUGCUGAUGAGACAAAAUGGGGUUUGAUGACUUUUUGAGGUUUUUAAAUAGUAUGCAGGAUAGUCUUUUAAUUAGUGUAUUUCCAUCAAACAAGGUAAUAAUUAGGGGAAUGACUCUCCAUGUACAGUCUAGAAGAUGAUUUGGUAAAGUCCAGCAAGACUAAUGUGUAUGUUAGGGUAUGCUUAUUCUGUCUGUAGGUCUUUGACACCAUCCUUUUCAGGUAGAUGGAUCUAAAAAUCAUAGUUUUCAAAUAAGGAUUUCAUUUCAGUGUUGUUUGGAGAUGAUACAGUGACCAUUUAGAAGUCAUUUAAAAGUAAUGGUUGUGACUGAGUUUUGGCUGUAGAAGACCCCAGAUCCCAGGUAAAUCCAUGCUGCAGCAGCCCUUGCUGCUGGCCCAGUGCCUGGCUGUGCUCCCUGGGCCUGGGCUGGUCACACCUCCCCUCCAGGCUGUGGGUUUGCCUGGGCUCUCCUCCCUCUGUGCUGCUGCUCUUCUGCAAGUUCUGCAGAAACUUCACAUCCUCCAAACUGCCCUCAAAACUGCUCACUCAGGUGUGGCUGGGCUGCAGAGUCCUUCCUUACUGGCACCAAUGGCGAACAAAGGCAGUUGCACAACACACAAGUCUUGCUUUUAGUAAACCAAGCUAAAAUAGAACCAGGCCUGAUCCUCUCCUCUCACCUUGAACCCCACCAGGUGGAGAACCAGACCAGUGGUCGUUGUCUUGAACACAAACAGCUGCAGCCAAACCACCUCUGAGCUCUGGCUUUUCUCUCCAGCGACAGCAAAUCUGUGUGUGUGUCUUAUGUUCUGGUUGUGUGUGUGAUGAGAAGCCAUUUUAUUAUCUAUGAUUUUCUUAGAGUCUUGAUAUUUCAAACAGGAUUGGGUAUGAGAAAGGCCAUGUGCUUUCUUUCCAAAAAUACUCAAAGACUUCAAAUAUAUAUAUAUCUGAUUAGAAAUAUAUAAGAAUAAUAAGAAAAAAAGAUCCAAAAUGUGUAUUUCUUCUUGCAGCUGGACUGAAGUAGCUGCUAAGAUUUCCUCUCCCCAGCUGAGAAUUGGUACAGUUUGUUUUUCUUACAUGAUUUCCAUGAUGUUGAUAAUGAUGUAUUUGUAUAUUGUGACUGAUGAGAGAUAAUCAGACAGGGAAAGAGCACAGAAUUACCUGUCCUUUUUUCCAGUCAAGACAGAAUGUAUGAAUUUAUUACGAGAAAAAAAAUGUGCAAAUGAACUUCCUGUAAUUAGGUCAUUCUAACCUGUGUAGAACCACACUUUGUUUGAAAUUUAUAAAAAUUAUAACUAGUACAAAACCCUGUGGUUGAUGUCUCUAUAUGAAGCAACAAGUAAAACGAGAUUUUUUUUUUUUCUAUUUGAAAUAAAUGAAUUAUCAGUAAAGGCACAUUAUCAGAGCUGAAAAAAUCCACACAUUUGUCCAAUAUAACUUUAACUUGUCCAACAUGUGUCAAAAGGCAGAUUAGGGGUUUUUGUCCUUUCCCCCAUCUCCCUUGACUCUUAGGAGAGUGCAAAGGUUCACACAGAUAGCUCAGAGGAAAUCGCAGAUGACUUUAUAAUAGUUAUUCCUGAGAUAUCUGCAUGCCUUUGGCUACCAGUGUUCAUUAGGGAGUGCUAAUUGACCCAAAUACAAGCUGUGGAUCAUGUAGAAAGGCAAGCAGAAACCUGAAAUGAAACUGCAGAAAGAGUGCAAACCGAGCAAGAUAAUUAGGAGCACACCAGAUGCCAGUGUGGGGGUGGCUUUGUUCCCUGCCCCAAGCUGGCAAAUGCCCAGGGCAGGGAAUGGCCAGGGCAGGGAAUGGCCAGGGCAGGAGUGAGCGAUGCUUUCACGUGGCACAUCCAGGCCUGCAGCCAGCACUGCCCACACAGCUCCUGCCCCAGCCUGGGAGCUGUGCAGGACCCUUUGUGGGACAGGGGCUGGGAUGCAGCACUAACAGAGCUCCCAUCCAUCCUGGACAGGGGCUGGGAGCAGCACUAACAGAGCUCCCAUCCACCCUGGACAGGGGCUGGGAUGCAGCACUAACAGAGCUCCCAUCCAUCCUGGACAGGGGCUGGGAGCAGCACCGGGCCAGGCAGCAAAGGAUGGGUCCCACCUGGGGCAAGGGCCCGGCUGGGGCUGUGCUCAGCCCUGCCUUACUCUUAGCAGGUGCUCUGUGGGGAUGGUCACACCUCUCCCUCCUGUGCCUUAGCGGAGUUUGGCCUUAAAUAAAAUCCUUUCGAAGAACACAGCACAGGCACUGAUUUGGGGCACUUUGCACCAGGUUCUCAGAGAGGGAGGGAGAUGCACGAAGCUUUCUCUGGCCUUGCAGAGCCCCAGGUCCCCGAUCUCCUCCCAGUAAGCCCAGCAGUCAUUUCUCCUUUCACUUUCUUUCCUAACCAUCAUUUAUUUCCUUCUGCGUGAGUCUACAGACGGAGGGAGGCAUCGCUCUCCCCCUCCCUCUCCACCUCCCUCCCAGCCAUGUGACCGAGCUCUCCCUGCCCGAGUGAAAGUGCCCAGCCCUCAGGAGAGCCGGGCUCGCUCCGCCGCCGCUCCCCGGGAGAAGCAGCGCCUCUCGCAGCCGUGCUGGCCAUGGGGAGGAGCGCACGGCAGCUCAUCUCGCUCACCCUCGCCUGUGCUACCGAUAACUGGUGCGAGGCAACUGCUCCGGCUUUCCCCAGACCCCACAGAAGGAGAUCAGUCAUCUGAUCAACAGUUCUGCACCAGCUGUGGUGAAGUGUAGGGGCAAGAGCAACAGUGAACUAAAGUAUCAUAUGAAUUAUGCAUUUUUAGGUUCAUUUUGAGAAAAAUCACAGUAUUUUUUUUAGAUUUUUCAACUGUCUCUAGUUGGCCUUUGACGGCAACACCUAAAGUGUUGUUCUGUAAAAGGUGUGUUCUGUACAGCUCAGUGAAACCCAGGCAAUUUUAGGAGUCUGGAGUAUUUACAUCUACAUUUCUGCUCUUCUCCAGCAUAGACAUUUUUAAAGGAAAAUUGUGUUAAGGGUUAAGAUCUGUGCAUCUGCUCUUGUUCCUUUGAUUUUUAUGUUGAAUUUGAUUCAAAACCCAGUAAGUCUUAUUAUUCUUACUUAGUUUAUAUGUAUCUGAAAAUGGUUAGAUUUUGUGAGUUCAGCUAUUACUGAAGAUCUCUGUUAAUGGUGAGUGGCAAUAAAUAAAUGAAUACAUGGAAGAACUUGUGAGAUUUCAGCUGGUUUUACUCUAAACAUGCCUCUGGUAUUAAUCUGUCCUAAAAUCCUAAUCUCAGCAGCCUGCCUGCCAUCAACUUUGACACUGAUUCAUGAGAAAUUCCUUUGAAAGAACAAGUGUACAGUGAACUCAGACGUGUUGAGGCAUUCUCUGUGGAGUUGUACUUCUGGGAAUAUGAGCUGUCUUGGACUUUUGGGUUCCUUCUGUCUCCAAACUGGAGAAUUUAUCUCUGUCCUCGCACUAAUUUAGGCAGUAAAGCACUUUAACUACACCUAUAUCUUCAUGUACAUCAAAGAAUU